GGGCGGAGCGGGGCGGGGCCGGGCGCGCGCCGCGCUUAUAGCAGCGGGGGGGCGGCGGCUGGGGGCAGACAUGGAGCGCGUGGUGCUGGUGACCGGAGCGAGCGGCGGCGUGGGGCUGGCGCUGUGCCGGCGGCUGCUGGAGGAGGAUGGCCGCAUCCACCUGUGCAUCGCCUGCCGCAACGAGCAGAAGAGCGAGGCCACGCGCGAACUCCUGCUGGCCGCCUACCCCGCCGCGCAGGUGUCCACCGUGGACGUGGACCUGGGCAACCUGGCCUCCGUCCUGCGGGCCGCCCGGGAGCUGCGCUGCAGGUUCCAGCGCCUGGACUUCGUGUACCUGAACGCCGGCAUCAUGCCCAACCCGCACGUCAACUUCAAGGCGCUGUGGCACGGGCUCCUCACCGGGAAGCUGCUCCACAUGCUGACCACUGCAGAAGGCGUCAUGACCCAGACGGACAGGCUGAAUGGAGAUGGGCUUCAGGAGGUGUUUGCCACCAACCUCUUUGGACACUUCAUGCUGGUGCGCCAGCUGCAGUCCCUGCUCUGCGGUCAGGAGAAGCCCUCCCGACUGAUCUGGACCUCCUCCAGCAAUGCCAGGGAGUCUGCCUUCAGCCUCUCUGACUAUCAGCAUGCCAAGGGGCAGGAAUCAUACAGUUCCUCCAAAUAUGCUACUGACCUGACAAGCGUGGUUCUGAACAGGAAAUUUAAUGGCCAGGGUCUCUACUCCAGUGUUGUUUGUCCUGGGCUCGUUAUGUCUAACAUGACCUAUGGAAUUUUGCCUGUUUUUCUGUGGAAGCUGCUCAUGCCCAUCAUGUGGUUGAUCCGAUUUUUUGCCAAAACUUACACUCUGACACCCUAUAAUGGAGCAGAAGCUCACGUGUGGCUGUUCAAACAGAAGCCAGAGUACCUGGAUGCCCUGGUCAAAUACCACAGCUGUACCACUGGACUGGGGAAAUGCUAUGUGGAGCCAAGGAAGAUGGAUGUGGAUGAAGACAUUGCUGAGAAACUUUACCAGAAGCUGUUGGAGCUGGAGGAGCAGACUCUAGAGAAAUACCAUGAUCUCUUAGACUAAGUAAAGCCAUUCUCAGUGGGGUGAGAGUCUUGUAUCAGUAACGUGGGAUUUCUUCAUUCUGGUGCUACCUCUGUUGCCAGCUGUUUUGCAGGCACAUGGCUUCAGACACAGAUCUUCCUUCUCAACAGAAGGUGAACAGUUCCUGAAAAUGGAAGUGUGAAAACUGAAGAGAAAUACUUAGACCUUUUGCUAUGGGGGUUUUUCUUUUGGCAUAAAACUGGAGACCUCGAGUAGGCAGAGUCUGUCCUAACACAGUUGCAAAGCAGGGCCUUGGAUGACUGAACUGUGCAUGGUUCAGGAGCAGCCUCAAAACCUGUGCUUUCAAUCUGGCAGCAGCCUGGGGUGCUGCCCUGCAUCUUGGCUCUGCUGCUGUUUGUAGAUGGCUCAAACACAUCACCUGUGGCUGAUCCUGAUGUACUUGAAGGCUCACCUUCACCAGAGCUGGGGCUGGCUGUGCAGACCUGCUCUGCAGGAUUGAGCCUCCCUGGCAGGCAGGGUCUGCACAGCAGCUGGAACCAAGCUCCUGGAGAGGUGGCCUGAGCAGCACACCCUGCCUCAGCUGUGACCACAGAUGCCUUGCUGUCCCCUGGGGAUGGGCAUUGAGGGUUUUAACCAUGGCUGGCUGAAAAGGAUGGUGUUAACCUGGACUCAGGGCCAGUCUGCUCUGCUCAGAGCAAGAGUGAGAGGUUGCCAUGUUGUUUUAUCUAUUUAACUCUUUUUAUAUAAAUCUCUUGUACCAACCAUUCUUCCUGUUCUUGAUCUGGGGACCUUCACCAAGUACCUGCCACCCAGUAACUUCAAGUGCUGUAAUGAAUAAAUGACUGAAACUGA